CCGUCGUGCCCUGCGCGCACGACCGGAUAUCCGGCCCGCCUGAGGAGCCGCCCGGGCCGAGGCCGCCGCGCUCCGGUCCCGCUCCCGCCCCGCCGCGCUCCCGCCGGUGCCGGGCCCGGCCGCCGCCGCCAUGGGCUGCACGCUGAGCGCCGAGGACAAGGCGGCGGUGGAGCGCAGCAAGAUGAUCGACCGCAACCUGCGGGAGGACGGCGAGAAGGCGGCCAAGGAGGUGAAGCUGCUGCUGCUCGGUGCUGGAGAAUCUGGGAAAAGCACCAUCGUGAAGCAGAUGAAGAUUAUUCACGAGGAUGGCUACUCGGAGGAUGAGUGCAAGCAGUAUAAAGUGGUUGUCUACAGCAACACCAUCCAGUCCAUCAUUGCCAUCAUAAGAGCCAUGGGCAGGCUAAAGAUAGACUUUGGGGAGGUUGCCAGAGCUGAUGAUGCACGUCAGUUGUUCGUGUUAGCUGGCAGUGCAGAGGAGGGGGUGAUGACCACCGAGCUGGCUGGGGUCAUUAAACGCUUGUGGAGAGAUGCUGGAGUCCAGGCCUGCUUCAGCAGAUCCAGGGAGUAUCAGCUCAACGACUCUGCAUCAUAUUACCUCAAUGACUUGGAUAGAAUAUCCCAGCCGACCUACAUUCCCACCCAGCAGGACGUUCUGCGCACCCGGGUUAAAACCACCGGCAUCGUGGAGACCCACUUCACCUUCAAGGACCUCUACUUCAAGAUGUUUGAUGUUGGUGGGCAACGCUCGGAGCGGAAGAAGUGGAUCCACUGCUUCGAAGGUGUGACAGCCAUCAUCUUCUGCGUGGCCCUCAGUGACUACGACCUUGUCUUGGCUGAGGAUGAGGAAAUGAACCGGAUGCAUGAGAGUAUGAAACUGUUUGAUAGCAUUUGUAACAACAAAUGGUUUACAGACACAUCCAUCAUCCUCUUCCUGAACAAGAAGGACCUGUUUGAGGAAAAGAUUAAGAAGAGCCCACUAACAAUCUGCUACCCAGAGUACACAGGCUCCAACACGUAUGAGGAAGCAGCUGCCUACAUCCAGUGUCAGUUUGAAGACUUGAACAGGAGAAAAGACACGAAGGAGAUCUACACCCACUUCACCUGUGCCACUGACACCAAGAACGUGCAGUUUGUCUUUGAUGCUGUCACAGAUGUUAUCAUUAAAAACAACCUGAAGGAGUGUGGGCUCUACUGAGGAGCAAAGGGGCAGAAGUUUAUUCCAUGCGCUGACUUGAGAACCAGCCUCUUGGCUGCCUCGCUGGGGACAGCAGCAGCAUGAAGGGGACCAGGGCAACGCAAACCAGCAUGAGGAACCGUUGCAUUCUUUAGCACAAUCUUCUCUAGUAGGGACCUUUUUCCUUGGUGGAGUGAGGGUGAAGUGGAACAACCAUUCGUGUGACGGGCUCAUCCCGACGUCGCUCCGAUGGUGUUGUCUCUGAUGUGUACAGCUUGUUGGGAAGUUGAGGUGCUGGAUUCCACGCCUUCAAUAUGUAGCUUUCUCUCUUUCUUUGGUUAACAAGCCACCACUAGUCUGUUUCUAAGGUUGGUUUUUCCAUCAGGAUAACAAUAACUUUACUGGUUUUCAGUUCUUUCUUUGCAAACAAAUCUUGUUUUCAGAAUAAAAACCUAAAAAAACCCAACAAAAACUACUCACUUAACUAUGCACAUGUGAGCAGAUCAUGCAGGAAGCAUUCCUCUUAGCAGGAACUCUUUGUUUUUAACACUUGGUAUGGUCAGGAUUUAAUAUAUCUGCAGCUACUUAAAGGAUCCUUAGAGCUCUUAUGGCUUCUUCCGAUGUGUAACUUGUUCCCAUCCUGCUGCCAUUCUUCUUCCCAAAGGAGCUCCUGCAGCAGGAGGAGGCUUUAGGGGUGAACCUGCUUUAUGCUGAUCCCUGCAUCACGGCUCAUUCCGUGGGAUCAGCCUCAAGCUGAACGUGUUGCCCCCCUUGGAGAGGAACCAGAGCUCCAAAGGGGCUGGGGACCAUGUGCUGCUACAGAGCAACUCCUCACCCCUUAGAUCCUGCUGUGGGUUUGGGUGGAACCGGUGGGCAAUUCUGUUGUGUGUUUUUCCCCAUGGCCUUUUCUGUCUGGAGCCUCCCAAUCCCUAUGGACAAGCAUGCCUUUACUUUGUAUAUGUGGUGCCAAACUCCCCUUUGCCAUCGUGCUUUCUGUAGUAAGAGUCAGAAGCCCUCAGUACAUUCCUUUGCUGAACCAUUGCAUCGAUUUCUCUCUCCCGGUUUGUCACGUGUACAGUUUCCAUCUGUUCUAGUUGUUGGCAGUAUUAAAAUGGUGAGUAAACGGUUUAA